CUCUCACUCCAUCAUCACUCUCCCUUGUGGGGUCACAAUUUCAACAAUCAAAACCCUAAAUUCCCAAAUUCACCAAACCCUACAAUGACCUCACAAGUUGUCCUACACAACAAUUUCGAAACCCAACCCUCCGUCACCGUCACCACCGCCACCAACACCGAGUCUCCACCCACCGCGCCACCGUCACUCGCCGUCGUCAAGAGACCCUCCACCAAGGACCGCCACACCAAGGUAAACGGCCGCGGCCGCCGCAUCCGCAUGCCACCGCUCUGCGCCGCGCGCAUUUUCCAGCUCACGCGCGAGCUCGGCCACCGCUCCGACGGCGAGACGAUCGAGUGGCUCCUCCGCCACGCCGAGCCCUCCAUCAUCGCCGCCACCGGCUCCGGCACCGUCCCCGCCGCCCCCGUCUCCUCCGUUGCGCCCUCCGCUCCCUCCUCCGAGCCCAUGGUCGCCUGCCCCGUCACGGCGGUUGGCGCUCAGGGAAUGUUCGCCAUGGCGCCGCCGCAGCCGCAGCCGAAUUGCCGACUCGACCUCUCUCCGCCGGCGGGGUUGGAAUUCGCGGUGAAUGGUUACCGGCACAUGCCGUUCACGGCGCUGCUGUUGCAGCCGGCGACGGCGGAGGAUAAUCAGAACGACGAGUCUCUCGGCGAACAAUGAUAGCGGUUCGAACCAUUGAAAGCUUUAUUUUUUUAAUUUUAAUUUUAAUUUUAUUGAUUUUAGGGUUAGUUUUUAGUUUUGCUUGAAAUCAAUGUGGGUGUGUGUGUUUGGUUACAUUUACAAGUGAUUUUGUUCUGUGAUAGAAAGAACAAGGUCAAAUGAAACAGUUAUGUAAAUUACUAUUAGAAACCGUAUGAAUGUGAAUUACUAUAAUAUAUUUGGACCUUUUUUGUUUGGCGGUUUAAUGUGUAUAAAAUUUGGAUUCGGAUUUGAA